GAGAGCGUUUUGGCAGGUGAACCGCGACACGGUCUCGAGGCUCUCUCAGACAAAAUCGCGCCUUCGCUUCGUCCUGCCGUCUGAUCGCGCGCCGCGUAUUUUCGCGACGUUCCGCGGCCGCGCCGCAACGCACCUGUUACAUCCGCGUCUAGUCGGAUCCCGUGGCCAUCGCGCUCACGAUCCGUUUCCCCGGCCCGCCGAGCUGCACACCGCCUGAUCUGACCCCGACGACGACCACGAUGUAUGCGGGAUGUAGAGGCGGGCGCAGUCGCGUGUGACAUAUCGCGGACGCCAGCAGGGGUCGCUACGCGAACAAGCUCGACGACGAUGGAGUCCACCUGAUGACGAAACACCCGCUUCACACCGGCGCCACGCAUCGCUGUCGAAGUCAUCGAGGAGGGUACUCCGAAUAUUCGCUCUCGUCCGUCGUCCUCAACGUCCGUGUCGAUUCGCCGUGAACGCUACCAGCCACUAUGUCCAGGUAUAACGUCAACGAGGAGUACGACCUGGAAAAUCGCAGGGAGGUCACCCUGACCGGCUUCAGCAGCAACGCACUCGACGACGUGCUGCGGAGCAACGGCGGCAACAACAACGAGCCGGCGUUGAACGGCAAUUCGGCCGGCAUAAUUGCCGGCGCACACGCCAUCACCAAAGACGCGAAGGUCGUCAACCUCGAGGUGCCAGAAAAUACCAACAAGAAUAUCCUGUGUUCCUCCGGAAGAAGCUGGCUAUAUCGGCGAAUCAAGAGUUCCUUCAAGAGGAAGCUGCUGUUCAAAAGGAUACCGAUCCUGGCGUGGUUGCCGCAUUAUCAGAAGGAGUAUGUGGUGAGCGAUCUAGUGGCCGGCAUUACCGUGGGACUCACCGUCAUACCGCAGGCAAUAGCGUACGCUAACGUCGCAGGAAUACCAUUACAAUAUGGACUCUACUCGUCCUUCAUGGCGUGUUUCGUGUACACAAUUUUUGGCUCCUGCAAGGACGUACCUGUAGGGCCGACUGCAAUCGUCGCGAUCAUGACGAGAGAAACUCUCCAGAGAGCGCACCUAGGACCCGAUUUCGCUGUAUUAUUGGCCUUCAUCUCGGGCUGCGUUUCUUUGCUAAUGGGCAUCUUGCAAUUAGGGUUCCUGUUGGACUUCAUAUCGGGGCCAGUGUCUGUCGGUUUCACGUCGGCGGCAUCAAUCAUUAUCGCCACCAGCCAGGUGAAAGACAUUCUCGGGGUCCAUGUAUCCAGUGGCAAAUUUGUGCAAGUCUGGCGAGAUAUAUUCGAGCAGAUCGGCGAGACGCGGCUCUGGGACACCGCUUUGGGAGUCGUCUGCAUAAUUGUCCUGCUGCUUCUACGGAAAGUUAAGGACCUUCCAGUGAUACCAAAAAAUACCAAAGUGCCGUCGCAACUUCAACAAGCCAUUUCAAAGCUACUCUGGCUGCUCUCCACAGCCAGGAAUAUCAUCAUAGUAAUCAUUUGCGCUAUAAUGGCUUGGGCCCUUGAGAUUCACCUGGGAGAGUCACCCGUGAUUUUAACAGGUCAUGUAAAGCAAGGACUACCGGAAUUUCGUCUGCCGCCUUUCGAAGCUCGUAUAGGAAAUGAAACUUACACCUUCCUUGAUAUGAUUUCGUCUCUGGGCUCCGGCUGUGUGGUCAUUCCCAUGCUGAGUUUGCUGGAAAGCAUUUCUAUCGCCAAAGUAUUCUCUGAUGGCAAGUCGAUCGACGCAACUCAAGAGAUGCUGGCACUGGGUGCGUGCAAUGUGCUGUCAUCCUUUGUAUCGUCGAUGCCCGUGAGCGGCGGCCUCAGUCGAGGUGCAGUCAAUCAUUCGUCUGGAGUGAAGACAACGCUCGGUGGAGUCUACACUGGUCUCCUGGUACUUAUAUCAUUGCAAUUCCUCACACCCUAUCUAUAUUACAUUCCCAAGGCCUCCCUGGCGGCCGUCAUCAUCGCUGCGGUCGUUUUCAUGGUAGAGCUUCACGUGGUAAAACCUAUGUGGCGAACCAAGAAAAUUGAUCUCAUACCGGCCAUAGUCACGUUCCUGUGCUGCCUUUUCGUGCGACUUGAGCUGGGCAUAGUAAUCGGUAUUGGUAUAAAUCUCUUGUUCCUACUUUAUGCCUCGGCCAGACCGACAUUACGAGUCCAUAAAGCUACGAGCGUCAGCGGCUGUGAAUAUCUUGUCAUAACACCGGAUCGCAGUCUGGUGUUUCCGAGCGUUGAAUACGUACGAGCCGUCAUCAGCAAGCAAGGGAUGCGUGAAGGCACCGCCGUGCCCGUUGUGAUAGACUCCACACAUAUCCAGGUGGCCGAUUUCACAGCCGCAAAGGGUAUUAAGACUUUGAUUGAGGAUUUCGCGAAGCGUGGCCAGCCAUUGAUCUUCCACAAUUUAAAGCCAAGCGUUAUCCAGAUCUUCAAAGGCGUGAAACCGUCAAGCCUCACGUGCAGUUCCAGCGAACUUGAGCUCAACGACUGCCUUAAAGAAUACACGAAUGUAUCAAUCGAGACUCUGAAUCGAUACUGAACGCGUUUAAGUUUGGACGACGAUACGAAUGACAGUUGGAUUCGGUCUUUUCUCUCCUUCCUUAACGAACAUCAGUAUUAAUAGUGAAAACACCGACGCCUUCGUUUCACAGACAGUAUUACUGUAAGCAAAGCGUUAUCUUCGUUUAUCAACUACGACAAUAUAUAGUUGUUUAAAGAGGAACUUUGUAUAUAUGUACGUAUUUAUGAAUGUGCGAGCCAGUAUGAAAAUUAAGCUGUACCUUACAUAUUCGUACGAUGUACACUAUGUAAUAUUUUUGUACUUACGAGAGACGGGAGUUUGACAUAUGUACACUCCGAAUUUAUUCUAUUGAAUUAGAUUGUAACAUAUAUACAUAUGUAACCCCGCGUUAAAUAGACACGCGAUUCAUGACGAACUCGUUACGCCCGUUACGUCUAUCGUGAAUAAACUCAUUGUAAAUAUAUUAGAAUUCCGUUCUCGUGCCACGAAAAGAAAGCGUUCGCGAGGAAUAAUUAACGACUUAGUAGUAGUGCCGCCGUGUACCUUGUGAGAUAAUUCAUGUAUUUCAAAAUAUUUUUUAGCUACAUUUUUCUGUUGUAUUAUAAAAUAUGCAGGCAGCCCGACGUAUGUGCAUAUAGUGACUAUGAUUUUCAUCCGCAUAAAUUAUAUAUAUAUAUAUAUAUAUAUAUAUAUAUAUAUA